CUCUCAUCCACUCCGUUCUUGAAUCGACUCCUUUUUAGGCUCCUCUCUCCUUUAUCUUUAACUCAACAUUGACAGGCAGCGAAACGAGCUUUACAGUCAAACAUCAUGAACAAGUUGGGGCUUUUCCUAUUCGCCGGGACCUUAGUCGUCGCCCUGCUGGUCAUCACCUUACCGGAAGGAACUAAGGCCAAUAUGGACGAGGCGGCGAACAUGGUUGAGGCUCUACGUGUGCUAGAGCAGUUGGACAAAUAUUACUCGCAAAUUGCAAGACCAAGAUUUGGACGAAGUAUUGGACUUCACAGAAAAGGAAAUGCCCUUAAUAUAGUUCGGGCUAAAAAACAUGUUGCGGAUGUAGAAAGAAGGUGAAACCGUUGUCGGUGGCAGAGAGAGAGAGAAAAUGUGUACCUAGAGCAGGAAAUGAAGAAAGUUACUGUGCUUGAUGUUUUCCUCCUUCCUGGACUGUUAUGACAGAGAAAUUCAGACUUUUUUUUAAAUUUUGUUUUAAAACAUCUAUUGUUCAUCAAUUAUUUAUAGACAUUGUGUGCUUUAAUAAAAUCACCGAUGGCCAUCUUUUGAUUUACAGCUGACGUUUUCUUCCUAUUCGUAGCUCUGUACUGUAAAACAUAAUAACUUCUUCCAUAAAGAAGUGCUGUAGUUUUUUUAUUUC